CACCAACGAAUACCAACUGCCGGCCGUCUACAAUCGCCUAUCAAACACACUCGAAACCUCGCCACCAGAAACGAGAAACCACACCUACCGGAGAUUGCUUGCAACGCAAAGCCAUCGAACUAGGCCACACCAUGAACAUGAAGCUGCUCUCCUUCGUGCUGUUCCUCCUGCUCGUCGUGCCUGCUACGUGCAAGUCUUCCACCACGCUGGAAGACGCGUGCAGGUCCUUCGCCGCCGGCCACCCGUCCAUCGUCUACGACUACUGCAUCAAAACCUUCCAGGCCGACAGGCCGAGCGCAGCGGCGGCCGACGCGCGCGGCCUCGCCGCCGUCGCGGCCAGGAUCUCGGAGACGAAGGCCAACGCCACGGCCGCGCGCGUCGCGGCCCUGAGUGCCACGGAGACGGACGCGAGGCGGCGGGACCGGCUCGCCGUGUGCGCGGAGGUGUACUCGGACGCCGUCGACCAGCUCGCCCAGGCCGCGGAGGACCUCGCCCGCGGCGAGGGCGCCGACGACGCGGUCACGCAGCUGAGCGCGGCGCUGGACGCGCCCGGGACGUGCCAGGACGCGUUCGGCGAGGCCGACGACACGUCACCGCUGGGCGCGGAGGACGCUGAGUUCAAGAAGCUCGCCACCAUCGUCCUCGCCGUCGCAGUGUCACUGACGCCGCCGCCGCCGCCACUGUCGACGCUGACGCCAAUGAUUACUGGUUAAUAACAAGCAAUCGUGCCUAACAUUGGAGUAAUAAGCAUGGGCAUUGGGCAAGGAGAGUAUUUAAGUACGAGUUACUAGAAUGAAUGUAUGUGUUUCGAGUUCUCUGUGUUUCGUUUCGUUUCACUUGCUGUAUGGAGUUUUUGUUGGUUGUGCAGUGCCGUGCAUGCCUCACAUGCAUGCAUGCAUGCGAUGUGGUGUGGUGUAGUGGGCGAGUGGAGCCUGGAAUCCGUGUCGCGCCUUUUGCUGGUCUUUGAACGUGGAUUGUUAGCUGUGCGGGACGCUCGAGCCUUGAGUGGAA